AUGACUAACAGUGAGGGAAGCCAUGCCUCACAAAGGGAGGUGAUUGAGGGUGAAGAAACCAUUGCAAGCAUUGCAAGAGAAGCAAAGCUUAAGAGGAUAGCCGAUGCGAGAAGGAUGGAUGAAAGGAUGGACGAAGAUGAUGCAGGAGGGUAUGUAUACUCUGAUGGGAAAUCCUCCAGUGAGAGUCGGAUGGAGGAAAGAAGAACUAAGAAGAGGAACGACCCCAUAGAAAGUGAGAGUGAGCAACGGGUCCAAGAGGAGAAGAAUGACUCUCCGAGUGAAGAAGAAGGUGAGGAGACUGAGAGUGAAGAAGAAGGAGAGUUUGAGAUUGGGGUAAAUGAUCAAGGGGAAGAAGGUGAUGACUCUCCAAGAGGAGAUGAGGAGGAGAACCAAGAUGAGCCAAUGGAAGAGGCUGAGGAAGAGAAAGAGGAGGAUGAGCUCCCCAUGUACCAAGAGCACUACAAUGCUCUCUUCUCCAUGGACUUUGUGGAGACUAAGCACCCACACGAUGACACCAUGAGAGAUCUUGGGAUCUUUGAGGAUGUGGAGUUGGUGCUCAAGAACAUGCAAUUGGGGAAGUUCUUCUCUCACCGCAUGGAGUCUUACAAGGAGUUGACUUGUGAGUUUUUGGCGUCGAUGAAGCAUCACGAGUUUGAUAGGCUGGCUUGGUUUAUCGCUUGUAGUCCCAACCUCUCGCUGGACUCUCCUUCCAAGGCUGAUAAACUUACUAGCUUCAGUUCACGACCUAGUGUUUCUAGAUCCUUCUCCACACUCACUUCUGCUCUUCUGCGGCUCAAAGCAUCAGCUACCACGUUGGCCUUUCCAGGGUGGUAUUGA